AUGUCGACCAAUCAUAUUUACGGUGGGUCUUCACAAUCUACGGAAAACAAAGAAACCCCUCCAAAAGAUCAAUCAGUCCAAAUAACAACUCAUAACGACUAUCAUACGAUCCCAUUAGAACUAUCACAUCUCCAUCCUGAUCCUUUGAUCCAAUUCAUCAAUUGGUUCAAACAUCUUCGUCCGAUGGGUAUAAAAGAACCUGAAUCAAUGACACUUUCAACCAUAUCAAAUUCAAACUCGUUCCCUAUCCCAUCUUCAAGAACCGUUUUACUUAAAGAAGUGGAUAAAACAGGUUUCACUUUUUAUACAAAUUAUAAAAGUAGGAAAUCGAAAGAAUUAAUGGAAUAUCCUUAUGCUGCUUUAAGUUUUUAUUGGAAAGAAAUAAGUAGAGCAGUUAGAAUUGUUGGUAAAGUCGAAAAAGUAAAUAGGAAAGAAAGUGAAGAUUAUUUUAAAACAAGACCUAGAGGAAGUCAAUUAGGUGCUUGGGCAAGUCCACAAAGUUGUGUGGUUGAAGAAGGUGAAAUGGAAAGAAGAGUUGAUGAAAUUAAAAAGAAAUUUGAGGAUGGGGAAAUCGUUUGUCCUGAUGGUUGGGGAGGUUGGAGGGUUGUACCGUUCGAAGUGGAAUUUUGGUCAGGUCGUCCGUCAAGGUUACACGAUAGGUUCAGAUACACAAGGGAUGAAGGUGGAGAAUGGAAGAUUGAUCGUUUGGCACCUUAG